AUGUGUAAAGAACGAACCUCUUCCUCCAUCUCCCAGGUCAUCAUAGACCCACUUACCCAGUUACGCGAUGAACUAAACACGCAGUUCUCUCAGACUAUUCAAGACCUUACCAAUGAGAUCCAGAACUUGCGUACGCGUGUCAAAACUGCUGAGGCAAAGCCCCCUCAUCCUCCCAAACCGUUUACCAAACGACCGAAAUCCUCCCUUCCGGACCCGGAGAAGUUCACCGGAACUGCGCACAAGUUUGACACAUGGAGCACCGUUAUUCGUGCUAAGCUUACUAUUGAUGGAGCUGCUAUUAGAGACCCAAUUGCCCAAUUCUACUACAUCUACAUGAACUCAACCAGCCAAGUUUAA